AUGGGAUAUGAGGGGGAAGCAGCUAUUUCACGGCAUUGAGAUAAAAGUCUGGGCCAUCGCUUGCUUUGUCGACCCACGGGAAGUCAACGACAGAGUAUUGAAGAGCUUCGCCCAUCAGCUGAUGAAGAUUAGUGGCGAGACUGGGAUGCCAAUCAAAUCUGAACCAUGCUUCUGUAAAUACGCUAAAAGAGCGGAGGAUGUUGAGCCCAUGUUUAAACAUUUGAAAUCUACCUUUGCCAAUCUUCAGCUCAUUAUUCUUGUGUUGCCUGGGAAAACGCCCGUAUAUGCUGAAGUCAAACGAGUCGGUGAUACAAUGCUGGGAAUCGCUACUCAGUGUGUGCAAGCUAAGAACGUAACCAAGUUCCAAGCUCAAACACUGUCAAAUCUGUGCCUAAAGAUAAAUGCCAAGCUCGGAGGAAUAAACAAUAUUUUGGCCCCAGAUGUUCGACUUCCUGUGUUUCGUGAACCUGUGAUAUUUCUUGGAGCUGAUGUAACUCACCCUGCAGCUGGGGAUGAAAAACGACCAUCAAUUGCUGCUGUUGUCGGCAGUAUGGAUGCUCAUCCCAGCCGGUACUGUGCUUCAGUUCGAGUUCAGACACAUCGACAGGAAAUCAUUGCGGAAUUAGCGGCCAUGGUCCGCGAGCUAUUGAUUCAGUUUUAUCGUUCGACGAGACACAAGCCAGUCAGGAUCAUUUUCUACCGUGAUGGAGUCAGUGAAGGCCAGUUUAGACAGGUGUUGUGUCACGAACUAAAAGCCAUCCGUGAGGCUUGCAUCAAGCUGGAAGUUGGGUACCAGCCGGGCAUCACUUUCAUUGUUGUGCAGAAAAGACAUCACACCAGAUUUUUCUGUCAGGAUAAAGAGGACAUGUGUGGAAUUAGUCAAAACGUUCCCCCCGGAACCACAGUUGAUGUUGGUAUAACUCACCCCACUGAGUUUGACUUCUACCUCUGCAGUCACGCUGGAAUUCAGGGCACCAGCCGACCUUCGCAUUAUCACGUCCUGUGGGACGACAAUAAUUUCAAAGCAGACGAGAUCCAGGCCCUCACGUAUCAGUUGUGUCAUACUUACGUCAGGUGCACACGAGCAGUAUCCAUACCAGCCCCCGCGUAUUAUGCGCAUUUGGUGGCAUUCAGAGCGCGAUUUCAUUUGAUAGAAAGAGAACGGGAAAGCCCUGAGAAUGGUUCGUCUUGCAGCGGUGGUCAUGGAGAGGACAGAAGCCCGCAGAUUUUGGCAAAAGCUGUCCAAGUUCACCCUGAGAUGUUAAAAGGAAUGUACUUCGCUUGAAGACACUUUGUAAAGAGUAACAUAAUUAGUUACCGACUAAUGUAAUACUUAUAAGAAAACACAGGAUAUUUAUCAUUUGUCUUACAAAAGUCAACCACUUCUUAAGAGAUACUUUCAGCACGAGGAGAUAAAAUUCGUAUCCCCAAGCGGCCAUGUAAUGUUCUGUUUAUUUUAUAGAUGCUGAUGAAAUUCCUACAUAAUUUCAAAAGAACCGGCCGCGUGCUGUUAGU